GCUAGGCUUUAGUGGUGAGAGGUACUACCUAAAGCCUGUCAGUGUCGGUACCGCGCGAAAAACGCACGCGCAAUCGAUUCGAAUAUCGAACGGAUUUUUUCUUGAAUUUAUUUUUUAUUUUUGAAUGAACGUGCUGUGGAUUCAAGUGAGUUUAGUUUAUAUUUGUGGAUGUUUUUUUCUAAAAAGGUUUUAAUACUUGACUGGUCUGCUCGAGAGCGGUGCAUUCUCAAGACAGUCAGUGUUAGUGAAGUGAGUGUUACAGUGGAUGUGAUAAUAACAGUGAAUUGUGCAGUGUUGCCAGCUUUAUUGCGAUUUCCUUUUCAUCAUGAAGGGCUCUCGGUGGCCGAUAGUAUGCCUGCCGAUCUUGCUGGCAGCAUCGGCCUGCGGGAGCGACAUCCUCAUGGUCACGAUGGGUGGCACCAAGUCACACAAGAUCCCAUUCCUCGAGCUGGCACAGGGUCUUAUCAGAAGGAACCACAAUAUCACACUAAUCAGCCCGUUCUCCCCCGACUUCCACAUCGAGGGUCUGGAGGAGAUCGUCCCGGAAGGCCUGUCUUCCUUCGUCCGCGGCUACAUGACCUUCGACCUGGUUGGCGCUAGGAUGCGGGGAGAGGAACCACUGCCUUAUAAGGAUAUCAUCAGAUAUGGUUAUGAGGCUUGCGAGGCCUUCCUCAGCGAUUACGAGACGAGAUCCUUUUUGCGGUCAGGAAGGAGCUACGAUCUGAUCAUGUUGGAUGGAGCCUACCCAGAAUGUGCUUUAGGCCUGGUCUAUCGUAUGAAGCUCCCUUUCAUGUACAUCAAUACCGUGGGUUUCUACGCCGGACCGACGAGCAUAUCUGGUAGCCCAGCACCGUACUCCGUAACUCCAAUUUUUGCCAAAGCUUUUACAGACAACAUGGGAUUUGUGGACAGAGCAUUGAACACUUUCUGGCAUCUUGGAGCAAUGUUGGGCCAUGGGAUCAGCGUGACGAUUUUACAAGGGGUGUUGAGAAGACAUUUCGGACCGCAAAUGCCGCAUGUAUACGAUAUGGGGAAGAAUGUCAGCUUUAUUCUUCAGAAUGGGCAUUAUUCAGUCUCUUACCCGAGACCGUUCUUGCCAAAUGUGGCUGAAGUUGCGUGUAUUCAUUGCAAGGAAUCGAAGAAUUUGAAUCCUGAUCUAGAAGAUUGGAUAUCCGGUGCUGGAGCAGCAGGUUUUGUGUACGUUUCCAUGGGAUCUUCAGUGAAAACGAACAAAAUGCCGCUCUCCGCUCAUCGUCUGUUCAUCGAUGCCUUGGGAAGGCUACCGCAAAGGGUGUUGUGGAAACAGGACGGAGAACAGAACUUGACAGAUAUUCCGUCCAACAUACGUCUUUACAACUGGUUGCCUCAACAGGAUUUGUUAGGUCACCCGAAGAUAAAAGUGUUCAUCACCCACGGAGGUCUCCUCAGCAUGUUUGAGACAGUCUACCACGCAGUCCCCAUCAUCAGCAUACCAGUGUUCUGCGACCACGACUCCAACGCAGCCAAAGCAGAGCUGGAUGGCUACGCGAAAAAACUCGACCUCCAAUAUUUGACAUCAGACAAAUUGUACAGAGCAAUCAAAGAAGUAAUAAACGAACCAAAGUACAAGAUACAGGUUAAAAGUAGACAGAUACUUCUGAGAGAUCAAAAAGAAACUCCCUUGGAAAGGGCUAUUUAUUGGACCGAGUACGUGAUACGGCACAAAGGAGCUUAUCAUUUACAAUCGCCGGGCAAAGAUUUGAAUAUCUUCCAGUAUUAUUUGUUGGAUGUAGCGUUAGCCUUUCUAAUUGCAAUGUUUACAACUUUCGCUCUUAUAGCUUUUGUAGUAAGAUUCAGUUUCAAAUGGCUAGUCGAUUAUGUACAAAGUAAACGUAUGGAUAAGUUGAUUGAUAAAUCUAGUGAUUUAUUGAAGAGAUCCACGAAAUUAAUACGAGUAGAUCAAGCGUCGAUAGCGAAGAAGAGGUUGUAAGUACCAAAUUAAGAUGUUAGGCUCAAGGCACAUGUUAUUGCGGCAGAGACAAAGUGCAGCGACGUGUCUUUUCUACAAUGUUUCAAAGUAAACUGAGCUUUAGUUCCGCCACAUAAUACUCGAUAGCACCUUCACUAUGUAAUGUACACGCGUGUGAAACAAAAUUAAAAAUAAAA